AUGAAGAUGCAUUUCUGCAUCCCGGUGUCCCAGCAGCGGCCCGACGCGCUGGGGGGCCGCUACGUGCUGUAUUCCGUGUACCUGGACGGGUUUCUGUUCUGCAAGGUGCGUUACAGCCAGCUGCAUCGUUGGAAUGAGCAGCUGAAGCGGGUGUUUGGAAAUUGCCUGCCACCCUUUCCACCAAAGUACUAUCUUGCAAUGACCACAUCUAUGGCUGAUGAGAGAAGGGACCAGUUAGAACAAUAUUUGCAAAAUGUAACCAUGGACCCAAACAUGUUGAGAAGUGAUGUCUUCGUUGAUUUUUUAAAACUGGUGCAGCUGGACACAUUCAGCAUCGCCACCAAGAAAGCGUCUCUGGAUAUAUUUCUGCCUGAUGGAAGGAGCACUAAAGUCGAAAUUCUAACAUCAGAUACUGCCGAAAGAGUUCUGGAGGUGGUGUCACACAACGUUGGACUGUGUCAGGAGCUGCUGGGCUACUUCGGCCUGUUUCUCAUUCAGUUUUGCAAAAAGGGCAGGCUGUCUGUCGUGAAAAAAUUGGCAGACUUUGAACUCCCAUAUGUUAGCCUUCGAAGUUCCGAAGUGGAAAACUGCAAGGUUGGACUCAGGAAGUGGUACCUGGACCCAUCCCUUGACACCAGGCUGAUGGACUGCAGAACAGCUGUAGAUCUGAUCCACAUGCAGGCAAUACAAGACAUUGAAAAAGAAUGGGCCAAACCCACAGAGGUGCAGAGGCAGAAAUUAGAGGCUCUCCAGAAAGAAGACAACCAAACAAAGUUUUUGGAGCUCGCCCGGGAGGUCCGGCACUAUGGAUACGUGCAGCUGGAACCCUGCACCUGUGAUCACCCAGAACCGGGCUGCCAGGCGCUUCUUUCUGUCGGCAAUAAUGAGAUCAGCUGCUGCAUAACCCUGCCUGAUAACCAGACCCUGGACGUCACUUUCCAGAUGGACAGAGUGAAGUGCUGGCAGGUCACUUUCCUUGGGACUCUGCUGGAUACGGAUGGGCCACAGCAAACUCUCAACCAGAACUUAGAGCUCAGAUUUCAGUAUUGCGAGGAUAGUCACUGGCGGUGGUUUGUUAUUUACACCAAACAGGCUUUUUUGCUGAGUAGCUGCUUGAAAAAAAUGAUCUCAGAAAAGAUGGUAAAGCAAGCUGCAGAGAAUCCAGAAAUGCAGAUUGAAGUUCCAGAACAAGGCAAAAGUAAAAAAUACCACAUUCAACAAAACCAGAAAGACUAUUCUAGUUUUCCGCCAAGAAAAAGCAAGAUUAAGAUAGCUGAAGUUGACUGUGGUUUUGGGAACGUAAAGGAAGAUCUUUGA